CUGUGUGUCUUUGGAGGCUCUAUUGGCGCCAUCAUUGCCACCUGGGCUUGCCGUCACUGCUUCAAGGGCAUUGUGACCCGCCUUCAGGACCAAUACAGCAAUCUCAAGCAAAUUAGCCGCGUGCUCGAAGGGGACCAGGGCUUUCGCAUCGUCUGCAUGGCACGCUUGACCUUUGUCCCCUUUGGCCUUCAAAAUGCCCUCUUCUCCUCGGCAAAGUUCUCCCGCCGUGCCUACUUUCUGGCCACUGCCGCGGGCCUUUUUCCCAUGACUGCUCUAAACGUCUACAUUGGAACUACCGUCCGCUCCAUGGAGGACGUCAUGUCCGGGGAUUGGCAAAAUAAUGCCCACUAUGUCGUCGUCGUGGCCGGUCAGCUCAUCAUUGCCUGCAUCGUCACGCUCUACGUGAGCCAACGCAUGAAGCGCGAGGUCUUGGCCGCU